AUGCCUGUCUGGCUUGGCUGCAACGUUGACAAGAUCUGGCGCAUCACCAUCCGCUCGUUUGACAAGGUGCCUCACCGCCUGCUCGCCGCCGCCACCUGCGCCAACCUGGCGCCAACGGUAGGGGAUGUAGCGGCGUCAACUACACGAUCAGGGGCCAGGUUCAAGCCCGAUCCCUGCGAGGCCAUUGUAACAGCACGACCAGGCGCGCGGCACCCGCGGCCGAGCGGAAGCCGCGCGGGCGCAGCGCUGCCCGCCGCCGCCGCCACCCUGCUUACAUGCGAGAUCCUCGACGCCCUCGAGCCCCACCUGGGCCCCGCCGGGCUUUGGGCGGCCCUGCCCGUCUGCCGGGCGUGGCGGGACCUGCUGGCGCCCCAGAUCCGCGCCGCGCGCCUCACGCUGAGCAGGCUCCCCUGCGCGCCCAAGCCGGCGGUCCUGGCAUGCAGCACUGAAGAUGAUGGCCCACUGGAGGACGUCAUAUCACCCGUGGCAGCCGCGGCUCCCUGUUGCGCACCGACCUGGGACCGGCGCGUCCGCGCCGUGGCGGCGCUGCUGCGGCCGCUGUGCAACCUGCGGCGGCUGCAGCUGUCGACGACGGUGGAAUGGUCGAUCAGCGUCGCGCCGCUCGCGCGGCUGACGGGCCUCACCAGCCUGGACCUGAGCGACUGCAACCACCAGAGGGCAGACCUACGGGUGCUGGCCGGCGGCCUGCGCCAGCUGGUGGUGCUGAAGCUGUACGGAACCUGCCCGCGCGAGCAAGCGGCGCAGCUGGUAGACGGGUCUGGCAGCGUGCAGGUCCCCGAUAACACAGCCCCCUUUGACACCCGCCUUGCCGUGCCGUAUCCGGCGCAGCAGCUGCGCCGCCUGUCUGGCCUGUCCCAGCUGCGGAGCCUCGACGUGAUGCUGAACGACUUCGCGAAAGCGGACGUGCUGCCGGCCCUGGCCACGCUCACCCAGCUGGAGCGCCUGGCCAUGUACGUGCCCUCCAGCCAUCAGAGGGGCUCGUGGAGGGAACCAAACGCAAUCGAAGCCCUAUCAGCGUUGACAGGCCUAACCAGCCUCACCGCGUUCACGGCCCACUGCACCUCUUUCGAUGCCUGGGCACGAGCAGUGCGCUCGCUGCGGCAGCUGCGGGAGCUGCAGGUGCAGGUGACUUACCAUCUGCCGGGAGAGCCGCUGUUCAAGGCGAUCGGGGCCCUGCCGCGCCUGCGGGUGCUGCGCCUCGUCUUGUCGCACAGCUGCUGGCCAGAGGUCGCAAUGUCUGAGCGGUCCGCGGACGCCCUCAGGGGGAUCCCUGAGUUGGAGCUGCAUUGCAUACCCAAGAUUCAGAGGUGUGCCACCAUCGCGCCGCUCACGCGGCUGCCAAACCUGAAGCUCACCACCUGGUGGCGUUACAAGUCUGCCGAUGGGUGGCUCGCCACCAAGGAGCCGGAGGCAUGCUGCUGCUGGGACUGCAUGCCAAGGGGCGGCAGGCCGUAA